ACGGCGGUGUCGUGUGUUAUUUGUGCUGCUUUAACUGAACUCUCGACAUCUUAAACGUCUAACACCGGUUUAGCUGCCAUCAAGAAACUCAGAUAUUACUGUAUUUUACCAAAACUGGUGAUGUGAUCAGAGAAGACUGCUCAAAUUCAAGGUAUGACGUUAUCUUUCAGCUAGUUAGCUUAUAGUAACGUUACUUCAAGUUAGCAAUGGAGCUGGCUGACUGAUACGAUAGACAAGUUACACGUCUCGUAUUGCUCUGUAGUCUCGACUAACGUAAACUGAGUGGACUAGUUAAAUAUAUGUCAUCCUACUGCAAACAUUAGGUUUUUCACAAAUAAUAGCAUCGAUGUAGAGGUGGUUUUCCGUGACUGUCAACAAUUUUAGAACAUAGGACACAGUUGGAUAUCUACAAAGUCACAAGACGUAUGCUAAGUCCAAAGGCAGCACUGUAUUUAAAUCUUCAUGAAUGUCAGUCUGCUGAAAGAGGACUACGUUCACCUACAGAUGUGUCUGAAAGGAAAUUAUUCAACCCUUCUGCAUUACUAAGCCUGUCACAUCCCAGGUGUACAUGCAGUCUGACUAUGGGUUUCUCACAUCCAGUGACCAACCUUAGAGAAUAUGCAUCCCAGAAUCCUCCAGGGGUGACAUUUUUCCUGUGUCUGUUGACUCUGGCCAUCUCAUUCAUCUGCCUCAGCUCGUAUAACUCCACUCACACUCUGUCUAACCCAGACACAGCAAAGGACUGGAACCAUCUCCUCUCCUCCUUAUCACAGUUCCAGCUCUGUGUGAAAGCCAAUGCAAGUUCAUCAGAGCUUGUCUCGCCAGCCCCCUCUCCUCUGAUGGAUAGAGAUACCUUAGUUAACUCUACAAAGACUCCUUCUGUCACCAGUUUGAAUCUCAAGGUUCCUGUAGCUGUGACUACCAACUCAAACAGUGGCUUUCUGAAAGACUUUGGUCUAUACACCACCUUGAGAGCCAGGCAACUAUAUCUUGGAGACAAUGAGAUUGUUAAUGUGACUCUAGAGGUUUUGUCUGGAAAUGAUACCUACACCUGCCUCACCAUAAGUGCCCCAACACACCUCCUGCCCAUGAGCCCACUUCCGCCAGAGUGCCCUGCAUCUGAGAUAAACAUUUCACCCGUCCACGUGGAAGCAAGCAACCAGCCACCUAUAGCAUCACAAGCCUGCUAUAGUCUACGCUCCAAGAAUGACCCUACACUCACAGUCAUUUUAACACAGGAGGAGCAGAGUGUGACAGUGCGACAUCUGUUGGAAGUCAGUGUGUUUCUCCUAGGAGUCUGUUUGAUACUCUGUUUAGCUGCUAGUCUGACACAACCACUCAUACGUCGCAACCAUUGGAAUGGGCUGGACCAACAAAAUGAGCCCUUGAUUGACACCUGAUCAUUUUUCAUCCUCUGCAUCCUGAAGAAAUUGGUUGGUGGUUGAGAGAGAAGAGCAAUUGUGUGUCACUACUUUUUAAGGGGCAUCGCACUGGUUUUACUAAAGAAACCAGUUAAAUGUCAUCGAGAGUAAUACUCAGCCUGUGAAAACCAUUAUAGAACGUCCUCCGCUUUGGAGAGGGCUUUCUACAUGCUGAGAAAUGAACCCAGGUGAUGUCAUCAGGGUUAUCUCAGCUUUGGUUUGAAGACUACAUAUUUUUGUAGGGUCUAGCAAAUUUCAGUCUUGACUCAGACCAGGGACUGAUGCCUACACUGUUGACUGGUCAUACUUUCACAACCCAGUCUGUUAUGUGCAGUACCUUCCAGGUGCUGUUUGCUUCUAUUUAAUUACCCACACUGCCCAGAAUGACCCAGUUACUUAUGGACAAUGGACAUGAUCUUGUUUUUCCAGUCAAAAAUCAAAAUCUAAUAUUUGUUUAAACUGUGAAGGUAGUAGCAUGAUAUACUGUAUUCCUAUCAGCAGAUUUAUUUUCUUUGUUUCUUAAUUUUAUUGGACCAAAUGACUUUGGGUAUGCUCGUCUAGUUUGCCUGUUUUGCUACUUUUAAUUGACAUGUCUGACAUUGAAAGCUCAUUGAAUCCAAAUGCCAGAUGUCCAGACCCACAGUUUAAACAUUCUUGCAUCUAUAUUACCUACAUGUCAUAUCACUUGCACAACAGUAGAAACUUUAAGAAGUGAGGGUAGAAGAAACACUGAAAUAUAUCUUGCUUCUAACUUAACACUGUCUGUUGCUUAGAAAUUUCAGUGAGAAAAUGAAAAGGGAUGUGGCAUCUGCAAAAAGCGCCGUGUUCUGAACCUACAUGUCAUCUAGUGAGUAACUGAGUCUGUCCAGGAUUUUUUGCACUAACUUCUCAGAAACAAAUAACUGGCAUGCUGUUUUCAGACACUUUUCCUAGCUUUAUAUUUUUAUGGAAAAAUAUAAAUACUAAGUUUUUAUCGUGAAUCUGGGAAGUAAGGAACUUUACAUUGAAUUUCCUCUAUUGGGUGUGUUUACAAGUACUGCCAUUCCAGUUUCACUUGUGGUCCUGCCAAGUGAAGGCAAACUAUUAAUUUAACCCUUAAGUCUUGUUGCACACACACAGUACUGACAAUAAUAAAGUCAGUGACAGUGACAGCUGUUCUUCAGCAAGCUGGAGAAAAUUACAGACUUGGCUACAACACAUUGUAGUAGUCCAGGACCAGCAGUGGAAGAGAGAAAUCAAACUUGUAGAUCUAAAUUUUGAUUGAUGGUCGUAUGUCAGGGACCAGAAGAAUUCAGAUAUGCCAUACCGUACAUUACUGUUUAGCAUAUCCAAGUGAUCAACUAUUUAGGAAUUUCAAUCCUGGAAGGCAUUAGUUUCAGGUAUUUUUAGUGCAGUAUGGAAAUCAGCUUGCAAAGGCUUGAAAUGUGCUUGAAAUCUCUGAGAGUGAACGUUAUGCCUUACUUAUCACUGUCAAAAUUGCCUUAUUGUGUAUAAAUAAAGAAAAGAGUUAGUUUUAAGCAAAGGAAUGAAAAUUGAUCGACCAAGUUUAUGGUACUGAUAUUUUCUGACACUGUUGUCAUCAUAAGUAGUCAAACAGGCCUGUAUUGUCAAUACUUUUCAGUUGACAAACAAUAAAUAU